CUCUCCACAUUUCUGCCAUCGGUCGUUUGCGUCUUCUCUCCGUUUUCCAAGGGAGAGGAGCAUCCGUAGCGGACUGCCGAAUCUGUUUGUUCCCUCUUCUCUCUCUCCGUCGUGUGACGCUGCCGACGGAACUCGGUUUUCGCGCCGCGCCGCUGAGACUCGAAUUCCUUGGGAGGUUCUCUUCUCUGUUUCCUCUCCACUUUCUCCGGUUGCAUGCACUUUACACCUCCGGCCUGAAACUUCUGUUUCCCUCGGCUGCCUCCGUUUUUCCUUCCUUCCCCGCCGUAUGCUGACGUCCUGUCUGUAUCCCGUACACACUGGACGCGUUCUCGCUCCUCGUCUCAGGUUACUGUCUCCUUCGACAUUUCGCUACCUUUCUUUUCUCUUCCUGUGUCUCUCUUCGUCGCUACGCUUCUUCUGUCAUUCUCUUUUCGUCGUCCUCGCGCUCGUCGCUCGCCCCCCUCUCUUCGCGCCAUCGCCGCUCGUUUCCUCGCUGGACUUUCUCCCGCUUUGGAGGAUCUUUCGCGCCUCCUCCCUCUCUCGCUUUUGGUGUCUUCUUGCCGUUCGCCGGCGUCUCUGCGCUAUCCUCGACCACGAUGUCUUGCGCAGUGUAGGUACACCCCAGACCAUGGCUCCGGCGGGGGCGAGUUCGUCGCCUCCUCCGGGAGGCGGGAGAGAGACGGCGCCUCUCGCGUCUUCGCUCUCUCCGGCUGAGCAGCUGGUUUUCGAUGUGAAAGCAGCAGCUGCGUGGACUCUGCUCCACGAAGAAUUCAUUUGUCAUCUGCGGCGCUUCUCCGACGAUCUGCGCGCCCUCCACUCGAAGGGCCUCGCCGUCGCCUCAGAAGUCUCCUCUGUCUCUGCUGGCUCCACGAAGCCUGAGGGUGUAGGGACUGCUCUGUCGCGUUCGCUGACGUCUUUUCUCUCGCUGUGUUUAGCCGAGGCGAACCAGGCAGACCGGCUAGCGACGCGACUCAAGGCAGAGGCGACGACGCCUGUGGAGGCGGUGCUGGAAAAGACACAGAGUCCGCAGGCUGAGCAGGAAAACGAAGACGCAAACACUCCCAGAGCAACUGGGCAGACGCCCACGGGAUCAGGUGUACAGACAGCCGGAGUCGCUGGUGAGGUAGCCGCGACUGCCGAGGUGCAGAAAGCUGCGAAGAAACUUCAACUCGCCCACGAGGAACUGAAGAAAUCGGAGGAUAGUCUGAAGGAGCUCGUCAGUCUCUUCGGUUCCUCUGUCGCGCCCCGCCUCCUUCAAAAGGCUGAAGAACGCGUGGAUCGCGCGAAACGACUGCAUGCAACAGCCGAGGCGGACUACCGCAGUGUGGUACACGCAAACGCCCGUCCUGAAGUCACCGGACGAGAAGAGACUCCUAAGGCUCGCCUGCUGGCUCCGCAGAAGCGACAGGAUCCCUGCUCAUGGCUGGUGUCUCUCGUCCACGCUCGUCCCUCCGACGCGUUGGGAGGUUUCGUCGUCGCGGCAAACGCGGGAGAGAAGCGAGCCAUCGUCUUUUCUUCUUCGCUCGGUACUGCCUGUGUUCUCGCUCUUCGCGCCUCAGCUACGUGCCUCCUCGACAGCACUCGCGAGAGCAUUCUAGGGCGUCUGCCUUUUGUGAAGAAAACCGACGAGGCGUCGCGCGAGACGGUCAUCGUGGCCAAUUUGAAGAACCUCCCUGCAGAAGUUUCGCGGCCUCUGCUCUCCACGGAGGUCGAAAACUGCAUGCGGCGCUGCGUCGACUUGUCUCUCCUUGAAGAUGGGAAGCCGAACGGCACUCUUGAGACCACAGAUGAGGCAGGCAUUCUGACGCUGAAGAAUCUCUUGAAGCAGAGGGAGAAGGAGCUCGAGAGCGAGAAGGAGCAGCGGCGCGCGCUGCAGCGGGAGCGGGACGCACUCGAGGAGACGGCUCAUGCACUCCGCAUUCGGGAGGCCUCUCGCGCGAACGAGUCUGAGCAUCUGAAGAAGGAGGUGGACCGCCUUCGCGGCUUGCUGGCCACCAGCUCGCAGCGAGGCCUGGGAGGAAAGACCGUGAGAGAGGAAGGCGCUUUUCUAGAAGACGAAAAGAGAAGAAAGCUGGAGCUCGAACCCUGUGCGACACGAGACGAAGUGCCGACGCAGGGGGGGGGCAGAGGGGAGCUGUGGAGCACAGUAGAUGAGGAGCUCGACAGCGAGUCCCGAGAGAGGGGAGAGAUACUUCCCUUCUCUCGGUCGCAGUCGCGGCAUCCACAUCUCCCCGAAGACUCGACAUUGCCGUGCUUCUCAUCGACAUCAGGACGCGGACGGGGAACCGAGAGCGACGCGACUUCUCCCGUCUUGCCGACUUCCUCUGGCGCGCGUACGAACGCCCGACCCGCCGCCACAGGCGCGAGAAAAGAGGAUGGGCAACUCAGUGGCGAGGCGUCCAUGCCUCGUGAGGCUCUGGACGCGCAGUUGGGAUGGCUGAGGAACCAACUCAUGUACGAGGCCUACCUCGUUUCUCUGCGGCGCCUUCCCCUGCCGCUGCUGCUCUACCACCUGUCGCCGGUCGGCGCGCGCGCUGCGCGCCGACCGGCGAGUGCUGUCGGAGACACUCGGAGACUGGCUCCUGCGAACUGUCUCCAGCGUUCGGAGACGCCAGGGUCUCCGCCGCGCCCCAGUGCGGGGUCGACGUCUCCGCCUGCGCUGAAUCUCCCUGCGCGGCGACAUCCCGCCUCUGGCGGCUCGAGCGGCCGCGGCGGCUCGGCCGCGUUUUUCUGUCCGGCUGUUGCGCCCACCCAAGGCGACGCAGAAGCGUCUUUCUCGCUCUCUUGGGAGAGCCGGCGUUUCCCCAACUUCCUCGUGUCUCUUGUGGAGGGCCUCGCAGCCGCUGCGCUCCCGCGUGCUCUCUACGAGUGCUGCAGGGUGGCAGCUGUCUCCGUUCUGGGAGAAGAGCGUCGGGGCGCGCUGGCGUUCGGAGGACGCGACGGCUUUGCGCGGGAGGUAUCACACCGCAUGUCCCUUCUCCAGGUGCAGCGAGACCGAGAAAAGCGCCAGAGACGCGAGAGAGUCGCGAAGGACUCGACCGAGUUCUCGGAGGAAGACCUGCAGAUGCUCGCCUACGAGCUCCUCCUCCUCUGCGCCCACUUGCACAGUCAGUACGCAGCCUUUGCGGCUCUGGUCGCGGAGGCAGACGCCGAGGGUGUGCGGGAGGGAAGCGAAGAAUCCCCAAACGAGGCGCAGAAGAAGACAGAAACCCAGAGCGCUUCGGCCCGACACUCCGGCGAGGCGAUCGCCGAGAAGGCGAGCAGAGAGAGGGAAUGCGAGGCUGAGGUGGACGCGCUUCUCGACAAGACUGGGGCGGCGGCGCCUUCGAGGCGGCGCCGCACCCUGCUGGCGAGGCGCCUCAGUGCAAAGCGACAGGAGAGGCGAGCACCCGAGCGGCCUGAAGAAGAGAUGACUGGGAAGGAAGCAGAAGACGCUUCGAAGUCUGAGAAGAGUCGAAGAGGCACAACGCGGAAGAGCGGCGGCCUUCUCUUCUUCUCACGGGGCGCCUCGGGUCUCCUCACCCGGCCAACUGCGCCGGGGACUGAACGGGAGGCGCAGGCGAUGGCUGCUGAGCGGGUGGGAGGCAAUUGCAGCAGAGACGAGGCGACAUUUGGCGAGAAGGCAGGAGGCUUCUCUCCUUCUCCGCGUUCUCCCCGCCGCCUAGCGCAGGAGGACCAGCGGAAGGGAGAGGAUCCGGCGAGCGACGGCCUCGCGCCCUUCGGUGUCUCCGUGGAGGCCUGGCUCCGCCGGACCGGAGUGGUGCCUGAAGCCAGGGACGCAAGCGCGGCGUCUUGGCGAGAGGAAGGCCUCAGUCGCGGGAAGAGAACGGCGACGCUGUCCAGAUGGAUUGCGCCGGAUCCGCCGCUCCUGCACGCCAACGUGAAGCUGCUGCGUCAACUGCUGGUGCUCUCCAGAAUUGCGUUUCAAAUUCCAAGCAGCAGCAGCAACAUUCUGCUGCGACUCCUCGUCCCCGCAGCAGACUGUCUCUGGGCUGCAGGCAGCCGCAACUGUCUCCACCCUUGCGACCUUCGCUUCCGCGUCGCGCGCCUCACCGAGGCCUGGCAGAUGGCGGCAGCGCCCGCGUCGGCGGCCUCGCUGGUCUCUCCCAAGGACAUCGCGAGGAGGCCGCUGCGGAAGCCAGAGACAUCUGUGACCUUUGUGCAUCCGAAGAAGAGACGAGACCAGCUGCUGCGCUUUGGAGGGAAGAAACUGAAAGAGGAGGAGUCUCAGCCUGUCUCCGACACCCGCCAUGUAUCGUUCCUGUCUCCUGGGGCUCGACAGACAAACAGAGACAGCUGCAGCGUGACCUCGCUCUCCUCCGCACGCUCAGGCGAGCAGGUGGGAGCGUGUGAAAGCGAGAAGGAGAAGACGGACGAGAAGAAGGAGAAAAAGGAGAAGAAGCCGGGGCUGAAGAGCGCGCUGAAGCGCUUUAAUGCACAGACGACGAAGAACGCGUUGAGCGUGAUGGUCGGCCCGCAGGGGCAUCUGCUGUGGGGCGCGCAGGAGAAGAAGUUACGCGGAGUCACGGAGACAAAUCCGGCGACCCGCGGCCUGUCCUGCCCUCACGACUUGCCGCCUGUCCAGGGAGGCUUCACGCUGUGGGGCGACAAAAAAAGCGAAGAGGGUGAGAAGGACGCGCGAAGGCAAAGUGGGGACCAUUCGAGUCUUGGUGGGGUGUGUGAGUCGAAGAAAGGGUCUUGUCGCGACGGAAAACCUACGACCUUUUUGAAGCGUUUUUCGCCAUCGUGUCUCGCGUUCGACCCCGUCUAUAAGGCAUUCGUCAAGCGACAGCUGCAGCUGCUCCACAUGGCGACUCUUUUGCGAUUUACGCGGUUCUUCCGCUUCUUCUUUGGAGAGGCUCUCAGCCGCCGGGUCGCGGACCUCGCCCCCGAGCUUCUGCCCACACACCACAGAGACUCCAAAAGCUCCGAGGUCGCGUUUCCUUCGCUCUCUGCCUCGCCGGCGCCGGGCGCCAGCUUCGAGGCCGGAGGAGGCCCUCUAGGCUCGGCGCGAAGGGCAACGCCCCUGCACCCGCCAGUCUCUGGGACCUUCUUCUCGUCUCUCGCCCAGAGUCUUCGGCAACGGACGCGACCGGCGCGCUUCGGACCUCGCGGUCCCGAACCAGGGGAGGAGCUCCAUGGGGACAACGAGACGGCAUUCUUCAGUGAGCCAUUUUUCUCUUCCUACCGAGCCCCGCCACCCUUCUCUGCGCUGUACACUCGAACAGAAGGCAGCGACGAGAGAGCUGCACUUCUCUACUUCAUUCUGUGUUUGCUGUGUCACGAGGCCGCUCCAGAGGCGCCAUUCUGGGCGUACGGUGGAGACGGCGUCGUGAGCGCGGAGACAGAAGGGCCAGCUGCAUGUCCCCGGCCUCCGGCGCGGCUGCUGUUUGCGUUGGAGGACCUCGCCGACGCCACUGCGGCUGCGGCGUCGCUCGACCUUCUCCCUCUCCGGCAACUCGCCGCCUUCUACCACAUUUUCCUUUACCUCUUCGAACUCGAUCGUCUCCUCAGCCUCGCAAACGCUGCGGGCGCUUCGCCCUGCGGCUCGUGGGGCGACCCCACAGUCGACGUCGAGCUUCUUGAGGUGGAAGUCCAGGUCUUGAGCGAGAGGACCCGGGCAGAGUUGAAGAGCGAAGCGAGGCAGAGGAGACAGGAGAGAGAGGCGAGAGGAGACUGGCACACGGAGGAGAGUCCCGAGGAAGACGAAACUAUCUGGGAGCUGCGCUGCACGCACCGGACUCGAAGCGGUUCCGAAAUGCUGCAGAGACUUCUCUUCAUGAUGACUGCAUGCGCAGAUCUCGAUUCCGCGAUACGCAUCGCCCUCGCCAGGCGCUGGGAAGCGAAACAGAGACAGGACACAGGGAGACACGGACAAGGAGACGCCCGCGGAGACGGCGAAAGCGCAGAUCACGAAAAAAAGCUCUUUCUGGAAGUGCCAAGAAGGCCAGGAGGAGAGAUGAGCGAUGGCACAAGUGCGAGCUUCUGCUCAGAUUCAGAGUGCAGCGCGAUGUUCCUCUCAGACGUGGAGAGAGAGGCGGCGGCGUCAGGGUCUGGGGCAGCGGCGAAGAGCCGCUUGCGCGCGCCCUCGCGUUUCUUUCGUCGCUCUCGAAGCUCACGCGCGCUGUCUGUUGCAGGGCACCUCGGCCUUUCUGGAGACUCCGAGGGCGAGGGCGUCUCCGUCAGCGGCGGGAGAGAGACACGAGACGUCGCCAGAGCAGACGACGGGCGCCCUCCGCUGCCCCAGGUCCGGCUCGCCCGGUCGCAGUCGCGGAGGCUAGGCUCCCGUCGCCGCAAGCAGACAAGCGAGGAUCGAGGAGAAGUGGAUCCGACGAGAGAGGAGAAUUCACACGUUCUUGGGCUGCCUCGCGAGCAGCUGCUGGCGGCCUUCUGGGCCAUGGACGUUCCACUGCUCCUUUCGCUUCUUCUGCUUCUCUCCAAGUGCUGUCUAGACAGCCGAAACGCCUCUGGGCUCCACGUCGACGCGCCCGUCCUCGCGCAGGGCCUCGUCCUCGUCUCCCAGGCUGCGCAGCUCGGCGUCGACCCCACAGCUGUCUCCACGCGCGAGGAGACGUGGAGACACCGCCGCCGGGAGACAGGCGCGGCAGAGACCAAAGGCGGCGCGAGUGGGCCUUUGCCUGCUGAGCUCUCGAGGUGCUUCAACUUGAGAAAGGCUGCGCGGGCCGGCGCGGGCCUCUUGCCCCUGUCGCUUCAGUCGCCUGCUCUGCUCCUCGCGGCCUGCGUCUGGCGAAACGCCGCAACUGCCUCGUCCCUCGCCAACGUCGACUUGUUCUACGAGGAGACUGGAGACCGAAGACGCAGAGCAGAUGGUGCGGAGGCGACAGCGGAGUCUCUCGAGGCUUUCCACGCGUCCGCCUCGCCAUGCAUGCAAGACCUCAACCUCCACGCGUCGCCCUGCCCCUCUCGUCUCUCGAGCCACACGUCGACUGUCUCCCCCGGAGCCGCUCUCGAGCCCCAGCCGGGGGCGGCGGGGCAAGCGGGCUCGGGUGCGGCUGUGGAGCCUCAGGGUGAGAGGGGCACAGUCUCUGCGGAGGGUGUCUCCGUCCAGAAGAAAACCGACAGUCCGGCUUUGGGACGCGUAGGUUCUUUGGGACUGCCCGAGAGCCGCCAGGCGGAGCUGCUCGGCGAGCUGCGCGUCGGCGCGAGUGUGGGGCCUGACGGCAAGGCUCUGGCGCCGACGGGCGCUGCUUCUGACGAGGCCUUCGCCCCGAUCGGCCCCGAGGUCGUCGAGGCUGUCGCCGAGAUCCUCUGCGCCUUCCCCACCUUCUUGAAAAAGCCUUUCGCGGAAUCAGCGGAAGCCGAGCCGCCUGCGCUCGUCCUCGCGGCGGCCGCUGCCGGCAUCCGGAGUGGCGCUACGACUCCGGUGCCGUCUCCGGCUCUUGAUCUCAACGCGUCCGAAAGGCCGGAGGCUGACGCGGAGGGCGCGGGGCGGGGGUCCGAGCGCGGCGAGACGCUGCGGGGCGCGGAGGAGGGCGACGGGUCGUCCGGCGAGAAGAAGGAAAUCCGAGAUCGAGGAGGAAAGACGCCCAGACGCGGAUUGUCUCGCAGGAGUCUCUUCGGCGGCUCAGGCGGCUCCAGCAGCCUCUCGGGCCUCCGCGCGCCGCCCGAAGAGGCCGCGCAGAAGGGCCUGGAGUCCCCGCGAGCGCCACCGCCGUCUCCCUCUCCCGAGGACCCACAGAAGGUGUCCCGGAGCCGGUCGGUUCUGCUUCUCGCCAGGAACCGCCGCAAGUCCGCCGCGCCCCACGCCGGUGGCGCCCAAGGGGCCGGUAGGCGCGCGGGGCCCGAGCCGCGGACGCCCAGGGCCCAGGGGGCCGUGGCAGGUGGGGCGACCAGGCAGGAGGAGCCCGCGGCGGAGGACUGGGCGCUGCACAGGAAACGCGCGCUCCGGCUCGUGGAGGAGACGCCGCUCAGGUGGUUUGCAGUGGUUUACGAAGCGCCGGAGCGCGUUCAGGCCGAGAGCCGUUUUGCCGCGCAGCUUGCGGGGCGGGCGGCGGAGGACGAGGGAUGCGCCGGAGAAGCAGCGAGGCUCUGUUUCUUCGACGAGCCAGUGGAGCGGCGAAAUUUCAUGCAUGAGCUAAAGAAUGCCGGCUGGUUCGGAGGCGAUUGGUGGACGGUCAGCGAGACGCGUCUCCGUCAGUGGGGACACAGAGACAGUGCUUGGAGCCAAGCUCUUCGGCGGUCCGCGUCCAGCCGACAGUUCUUCUUCCUUUCGCCGGCUCUCCCAUCCCGCGUGGAGCUUCAGCAGGAGGAGGCCGCCGCGAGCCAGCUGCUGACGUUGUUUUUCCUUCUGCUGCUGCAGAACCAGCUCCAGGACUACCGGCGUUUCUUCGAGCCUGCAUCGCUUGCGCAUGCGCUCGGUCUCUGGCGAAGCCUGGUUCGUUUACUGCUGCAGCUUGUCCAGCAACGCUCCCUCUCCACCCCUUCCGAGGCUAUCACCGAUCCAGGCUGUCCAGCUUGCCCGACCUCCUUCACGGGCACCGUGAUCCCGGGGGGUCUCCGCGCCCCCGCGGGAGUCCCCGCGGGCGCGUCCGUUGAGGCCGAGGAGGCUCGGCGCGCCCUGGCGCCGGGUGUGUGUGGGAGGACUUUCUGGGCCGGUUCGGCAGGCGGAGGACCGUUUUUCGAGCAGUGCGAGACGCAGGCGGUGCUCUUGGAUUGGAGACACUUGGAGGAAGGAGACUUGGCGCUCUGGCAGGCGUCGGUCGAGCAGCGUUUCGCGGCGCUGCUUCAGAUCUCUCGAGAGCGUGGAAAGUCCUUCAUCGCUCGAGGCGAACGCUGUAGCCAUGACGAAGCGACUGGGGGGAGAACGAGUUUCCGCGAGAGUUCAAGGCGCCGGGAUCGGGAAGGACGCGAGAGAGAGAGAGACGAGGGCGACCCCUCGGUCAACCAGACUUCUGGCUCUGGCGACGCCCGUCACUCUCGCCUCUUGCCCUUCUUCUCUCCUUCUCCCGGUCUCCGCUCGCGCUUCGCGUUGCCCUUCUUCUCUCCUGGGGGGCUGGGGCGUCGCGCGACAGGCGAGGCAGGCUCUUCGUUCCUUGACUGCUCCGAGGAGUUGCACUGCGACGACGAGAACAUGCUGCGUCUGUCGCUGGCGCUGAGCGGUCCUUCGAUUCUUGAAGACUCGCUCAGGUGCUUCAUCUACCAGUCCCUCACGAGUGCCGCGGGCAGAGAGUUCCGCGGAGCGUUUGUGGCUCUCGAGGCGGACCGCGAGGCCCAGAGGGAAGGACGGGGGUACUCGGAGCGAACAAGGCAGUGGAAGAGAACCACGGAUUCGCCAGUCCCCGCUGACCUCCUGCGCCUCUGCGAGCAGGAGCAGGACGCUCUUCUUGACCAGGUUGUGGCGAGUCUACGUGGAUUCCUCUCCCAUGUGAGGGAGGAGCUGCUGCUCUACAGCCCAGUAUUUGCACCCCACCUCCCGCUGAGAAACGAAUUCUCUUUUCUGAUUCUCUCUGCGGCGCGGCUUCUCGUCGCCGCGCUCCUCGCCGAAGUCUUCAGAACGGCUGUCUGGGCGGGCACUGGGGGGGAGGUCGAGCUUCUGCCGGCCAAAGGCGGCGCCGAGCUUUUGGAGGUUCUCGGCGAGUUCGAGAAACUCUGCAAAGAGGUCACGUUGAGCCGAGUCUCGGCGCUUCAGCCGCUAGCCAUCCCGCCGCUGCUGCCUCCAAUGGCUCCUGCCUUUCUGUCUUCCGUGUCUGUUCGGCUCGACGCGGUCUCCUCAAUGCUUCGCUCUUUCCUGGAGAGAGACUCGUUGGUUCCCGUAGACCCUCCCCACAGCAGCUACAGCGAAAAGGCCGCGGACUGCUGGCAUGUCGUCUGCAACCUCGCGGCUGCUGUCUUGGAGACUCCGGCGCCUAUCAGCUGGAUUCUGCCCCCCUUCCUCAAGUUCCUGCACUCCUUCUUCGUCGCGUUUUCUUCCUUCUGUGCGUUGUCGCCGUCGGCGGCAGAAGAAGGAACGUCUGCGGCGCUUCUGCUUCCUCUCCUCGCUCUCGAGCAGCGACAGCUGAAGAACUUCUUGUCUCUGCUGUCCGCCGAGGGUCGCAAGGCUCUGAAGGUCGACGCCGCUCUGCAGUCCGCGGCGAUGCUCGCCUUGGCGCAGAUGAGUGACGCCGAGGGAUCCAAAAAGAAGAGGGCCGCUCUCACGUGGGCAAGCUUUGUCAAGAUGGGCCAGCGGAUGUGGGGUGAAGAUGAAGACCAGAAGCGUCAGCGCCGGGAGAAGCAUCGGCACUCUGCAGGCUUCUCAGGCGACUUUCUCGAGCCCCCCUGUCCCCGAGGAGCGCCUUCCGACGCAGGCGAAUCUUCAGCUUAUGAAAGCGCAGCGCCGAGCGACGUGGAGAGUUCGACUCGGCGAGGGAGGAAAAGCUUUUUUCAAGUCUUCGACAGUUCCAGAGGGGCGCGAGCGAAAGGUGGAGCCGAGAGCGACGGCGAGAGGAAGGAAGCCUCUCGCGCGAGUGAGCGGAGCUCCCUGCCGCCGCCUGCGCCCUGUCAGCAAGUCGAAGGAGCGGCUCGCACCAAACGAGGAGACUGUUCCCGCAGGCGGGGGCGAGGCCUUUCGCUGAGACUGAAGGCCGAGAGAGAAACGCAGGCAGCGCGCAUCGGCCCGGAUCUCGCGCUGCUCCUCCAAGGCGUCGACGAGGCCGAGCGCAUGCAGCGCCGCUCCUGCGAGGCUCUGGCGGAAGAGACUAGAGCGGGGCGCGGAGACACCUGCGACGAGAAGGAAGAGCGCGAGGGGAAGCAGAAGCGAGACGAGGAGAACAAGAACCGCAGGCCAGACUGCGCAGACGGAAGCGCCAGGUGUGGGGAGAGGAGUACGGGGGGGACGCAGAGUCAAGGCGUUCUCCGGUGGCUUGUCAAGCUGCAGAACGUCGACAUGUUCAUGCGCGAGCUGCAGAAGCUGCAGGCGAAACUGCGCGCUGAACUCGAGAGGAGAGCCCGUGAACGGAAUCCGAAAGAUGUAGAGAUCGUGGAGAAGCUCGCGACGCUGGCCGGCGUCUCCGAAGCCUCGGAAGAGGAAGUCGAGAGGGAAGAAAGCGAGGGAGGAAUCGCGAGAAACCAGCGUCGAGCGUUCUGCCAAGUGGAACAAGACGCUCAAAUUCUCGAUCUAGAAGAAAUGCUCAACCAACGGAUGCAACAACUCCACGACCUCCUACACAACACAGCCCUCAAAGUUUGCGAGACUGCAGCGGCUUACAUUGUGUACUACGAGCUCCAGCACGAUAUCUUCGACCGGCUCUACGGAGAGAAGGAAUUCUCUUUUUACACUCUCGAGAGGAUUGUUGCGGCGCUUCCCAACACUGUCGAGCGCUUCUUCGCGGCUGCGCCAGAGGGCUAUCAAGACGAAGCGGCGGCGGCCUUCACGCGGUGUCUCACUCAGGCCUGGUGUUUGCUGCUGACAGAGCUGGGCUACAGUGGUCACGUAUUUUCGGAGAGUGAAGUCAGCACACUUGAGGCGGACCUCGAGUCUCUCCGGCACUACAUGAAAAGCAAUGAGAUUUCUCCGAUUUUCGAAAUCGCUUCCGCCUCUGGAGAGAAAGUUUCUCUCGACAUGUUGGAGAAAGUGGAAGACUUUCUUGUGAUGCUCGCAAGAGACGGCGCAUGUCUCGCGCGGGUCGAAAGCGAGAAGGAAGCGGAACGGCGACGAACGAGUGAGCGUGACGGAGCAGGCGCGAGAGAAAGAUCGAGAAGCUUCUUCCGUGGGCGAAGCAGCAGCCGGCGCCGCGGCAGCAUGUCGCCUCGGGCAGGAUCCGAGGAGGACGGCAAGAGGUCGCGAGGGGUGUCUCCUGCAUUCUUUUCGUUCGCUACGCGAGCAGAAAGCGGCAACCGCGGCUUUCCGGGAGAGACGGAGAGUCACACGGAACCUGUUUUCCGAGCUGGAGGCGGGAGAACCAGCGACGAAGACGGCAAAGACGAAAAGAAGAAGAAAGGAGGAAUGGGAUCGGUCGGAAGGUGGAUGAAAAAGAACCUGAUGGGGACAAGCGCGCCGGCCAAGCUCGAGCGCCGUCGGAUUCCGGCGAUGAGUGGAACCUCAGAUAAGGAGGAGAAGAAAGACAAAGUGAACAGGAGAGGGAGGGAGAAGCAGCCAGGCAGAUGCGACAGGAGAAGCAAGCAGCGACAAGGAAGGAGAGGAACCAAGAGAGAACGAAAGCAAAGGCAAACAGGAAAGAAGGAAGGAGAAGUACCGGUAGAAAUCGGCGAGAAAGAAUGGGAAGAGAGAGACAGAGAGAAGCCUCUCGCCGGAAGAAAGGAGGAGAAAAACAGAGCCAGUGGCGGAAGGUGGACAUCUGUACUGGUUCUGCAUGUGCGAGAGUCCAGAAAAAAUCGAAUGAAAGAUGCCUCAAACGAGGACAGAACGCAUGCGCUUACUGAGUAAGGCAUGGCUUGGAUGUUUAUGUCUGCGAGGAGAUGUCUUCUCCGCGCAGAUGCUUUCACCUCUUAUUUUGCGCAUGCAGUUGCGUGCAAUUCAUUCCCCUGUCCAUCUCGCCCCGACAUUCGCUCUGCUCACUCCUACAACCAUCUGCGUCGAAUUCUCCACUACGUCGAUAUCCGUUUUUACUCGGUGCGCUUGCACUAAUACAUUCGUAUAUAUAUAUAUAUAUAUAUUUAUUUAUGUACAUGUACAAUGUCCAAGUGUAUAUACACAAAUGACUUGCAUUUGAGCGGAAUAGAGUUUGGAGUUUUCUUUUUUCAUAGUCUGUGACUCAAGGCAUUUGCGACUUUCACUAACGUUUUAGUCUCUCGGUUUUUUGUCUCCUGUAACCUAGCGACCUCGCGUUUCGCGCCCGGGUCUGCUGGCUUAUUUUCGCAACUUUGCAUCUUCUGCUUUCCAUUUCAAGCGAGUACCGCCA